CGGCGUGAGGCGGGCCCAUGCAGGCAGGAGGCGGUGCCGCGGGGCCAAGCCAGGGGCGAGGAGGAAGCGAGCGCUGAGGCAGCGGCGGGCGGUGGUUGGCCGGCGCUGCCUCGCCUGAAAAGGCUGCCGAGCCGGGAGGGAGCCGCGGGCUGAUACCGCUGCGGCCCCGCCGGGGCGGUACGGACUGAGCCCGUCCUAGGAGCAUGCGGCGGCGGGAGGAGGAGGAGUAAAGAGCCGUGGCAGCGCCUCCGCUGAGAGCGGACUCCGGGAGGAAGAUGGAGCCCUUUCCCAGCGAUCAAAUUCAGUUACCCAGGAAUAUGAUUGAGAAUAGUAUGUUUGAAGAGGAGCCCGAUGUGGUUGACCUGGCAAAAGAGCCUUGUUUACAUCCACUGGAGCCUGAUGAAGUGGAAUAUGAACCAAGAAGCUCUCGUCUCUUGGUGCGUGGCCUUGGAGAGCAUGAAAUGGAUGAUGAUGAGGAGGAUUAUGAGUCAUCAGCAAAAUUGUUGGGGAUGUCCUUCAUGAACAGAAGCUCGAGUCUGCAGAAUAACAUGUCUGCAUAUAGACAAAAUCCAAAUGGGUCAUGCUCAGUUCCCUCUACGAGGACCUUGGUGGUUUGCACAGUUGUUUUUGUGAUUGCAUUUUCAUUAAUAAUAGUGAUUUAUCUUCUUCCCAAGUGUACAUUUACCAAAGAAGGCUGCCAUAAAAAAAAUCAUACAAUGGAACUAAUAUAUCCUUUGGCAACCAAUGGAAAACUAUUUCCAUGGGCAAAAAUUAGACUUCCUCCUGAUGUUGUACCACUGCACUAUGAUCUUGUCUUGCAGCCAAAUUUAACUACUCUGAAAUUUACAGGCUCCGUAAAAAUAGUGGUCAACAUCCUCCAUGUAACUCAGAAGAUUGUAUUUCACAGCUCAGGACUUAAUAUCACCAAGGCGACAAUUACUUCAGCACAAGGGCAGCAAGCAAAGCCAGUUGAAUUCCUGGAAUAUCCAUUGCAUGACCAGAUUGCACUCAUGGCUCCGGAGGCUCUCCUUGCUGGACAGAAUUACACUGUCGACAUGGAAUAUUCAUCUAAUUUAUCAGACACCUACUAUGGCUUCUACAAAAUUUCUUACAAGGAUGAGAACUCUAAGCAAAGGUGGUUUGCAGCAACUCAGUUUGAACCUCUGGCAGCAAGGUCUGCUUUUCCAUGCUUUGAUGAACCAGCACUUAAAGCUACUUUUUUAAUCAAGAUCAGAAGGGAUGAGAAACUUUCCACUCUGUCAAAUAUGCCAAAGAAAGCCACUACACCUGUGACAAAUGGAAUUGUUCAAGAUGAGUUUUUUGUGAGUUUGAAGAUGAGCACCUAUCUACUAGCUUUUGUUGUUGCAGACUUGAAAAACAUCAGCAGGGAAACUAAUGGGACUCUGGUAUCUGUCUAUGCCGUACCACAGCAUCUAAACCAGGUUGGGUAUGCCCUAGACACAGCAGUGAAGCUUCUGGAAUUUUACCAAAAAUACUUUUUUAUGAAAUACCCUCUUGAAAAAUUAGAUCUGGUAGCAAUUCCUGAUUUUCAAUCUGGUGCAAUGGAAAAUUGGGGCUUGAUCACCUUCCGAGAAACAACACUCUUAUUUGACAACAACACUUCUUCAGCAAGGGAUAAAAAGCUAAUAACUGCAGUGAUAGCACAUGAGCUUGCCCAUCAGUGGUUUGGCAAUCUAGUAACUAUGGAAUGGUGGAACGAUCUCUGGCUGAAUGAGGGAUUUGCCACAUUCAUGGAAUACUUUGCCAUGGAGGAGGUUUUUCCAGAAUUACGUUCAGAUGAAGAUUUCCUUACUUUAAUUUUCAAGGCUAUGAUGAAGGAUGCCUUGAAUUCUUCACAUCCAGUCUCUUCUUCUGUUCAGUCUUCAGAGCAAAUUGAAGAAAUGUUUGAUGCUCUUUCUUACAUCAAGGGGGCUUCACUUCUUUUGAUGCUGAAGCAUUAUCUCACUAAGGAUGUUUUCCAAGCUGGCAUUGAGGUAUACUUGCAUAAUCACAGCUAUGGAACUGCCCAGAGUGAUGACCUGUGGGACAGCAUGAAUGAGAUUACCAAUGGAACACUAGAUGUAAAAAAAAUGAUGAAGACUUGGAUUGUGCAUAAAGGAUUUCCUUUAGUCACGGUUGUCCGAAAGGGAAAGAUUAUUUCAGUACAACAGGAGAAAUUCUUGUAUCGUGUGGAACCGGAAAAUUGGACAUCAGAUGCAAGUUACCUGUGGCAUAUUCCUCUCACUUACAUAACAAAUAGGUGCAACUUCACCCAUUGCACUAAUGCAUAUUUACUGGAUCAGAAGUCAGCUGUCAUUGAACUUCCAGAAGAGGUGGAAUGGAUAAAAUUCAAUGUGGACAUGAAUGGCUAUUACAUAGUACACUAUGCUGAAGACUGGAAAACACUGAUUGAUCUCUUGAAAAAAAACCACACUGCUCUGAGUCCUAAAGACAGAGCAAAUUUGAUCAACAAUAUCUUCAACCUUGCACGUCUAGGAAGAGAGUCUCUGGAAAAGGCCUUUGAGUUGAUUGAUUACCUCAACAAAGAGAACAGCACUGCACCACUUACUCAAGCUUUGUUCCAGCUGAGUUUCAUAUACAGCCUUUUAGACAAAAAAGGUGAACAAGAACUGGCAGCACGAGUCAUGCAUAGGAUAGAGCACUUGCUUGGAGAUAAAAUGGAUCAACAGCACUGGACAGAUGAUGGGACCCUGUCUGAACGAGAGCUCCGGUCAACACUGCUGGCUUUUGCCUGCACCCAUGAUAUAAGAAAAUGUAGAACAACUGCGGCUAGGAUGUUUGAGACUUGGAUGAAGUCUAAUGGAACAGUAAGUCUGCCUAGUGAUGUUAUGAAAGCCAUAUUUGCAGUUGGUGCCAAGUCUGAUGAUGGCUGGGAAUUCCUCCUGAAGAUGUAUUUCUCUUCAGUUUCUGAAGCAGAGAAAAGCAAAAUGAUUGAAGCCUUGGCCAGCACAGAAGAUGCCAGAAAGCUGAUCUGGCUAAUGCAGAACAGUCUUGAAGGAGAAAUCAUCAGGUCACAGGAGCUUUCACAUAUCAUAUCAACCGUUAGCCAGAGUUUGCCUGGAUAUUUGCUGGCCUGGGACUUCGUCAAAGAGAACUGGGAAAAGCUUACACGAAAGUUUCACCUAGGCUCAUAUACUAUCCAGAAUAUUAUUACCUGGUCAGCUUCUCAGUUUGCAACAAAGGCACAUCUGCUUGAGGUCAAGUCAUUUUUUGAGUCAAAAUCAGAAGAGAGUUCUCAACUGCAUUGUGUAAAAGAGGCAAUUGACACAAUUCAGCUCAAUAUCCAGUGGAUGGAGAGAAACUUGGCAAAGCUACAAGAACUGCUGUAGUGCAUAUAAUACUGUGCUGUGUCAGCCAUUUAGGAGCUCUGUCAGCAGUUAUUGUGUUUCAUUUGCAAAAGCCAGGGUGAAACGAGGAUCACUGCAACAUUGCACUAUUAAGGAAUCUAGAUUGCUCAGGGCAUGUCUCAGAUAAAUUUUUAUUUUCCUUGAAGCAUUUUGAGCAAUAUAUAAGUACUUACCCUAAAACUGUUUUCAUCUGUUGACCAAACAUCUGCACAAAUGAUUAAAUAUAAUUUUGUAUGUGAAUCUUAUGCCCUUUCCUUUGAAGUUGUGUUAUAGUUUCUUGGCAGAGGGUUAAUACUGACAGGUAAGAAAGAAAGAGUUACCGUGACUUCUUUGCAGGCUGCUCCAUUGAGCAGUGGAUUUUUUCUUAAUGCAAAACUGUAUGUGGUUUCCACAUUUGUAGAUAUAGAAGCUCUUGUGAAACAGAAUUAUAUUUCAGAUAUGUAAGUAGUAGUGAAUGUUAUAAAGUUUAAGAGGCAAAAUAAAUACAAUUCCAAUUCAAUUUAAGUUUGGAUUUUUUAUUUUUGUGGUGUUCUUUAGGAAUUACACACUAAAAAAAAAUCUUAUACUAACAAUAUACAAUUUGAUAUGUAAAACUGGCUGGAUGGUAAUAUGGAAAAGAAGAAACAGCAAAGCCAAGCAUUUUAGAGAUGAGAUUUCCAGAAACAGGGGUGUGGCUUUGGAACUUGUACUCUGAAUUGAUCAGAUAGUUUUGAGAAUCUCAUCAUUAAUUGUUGAACUUUAACUGAUUUUGCAGUAUUGGUCUCUGACCAGCUGCACAGAGUUGUAUUUUUUCAGGUUAGUUCAUCUGUUAGACUGAUACUGAUUUGUGCCCUUUUCACUACUGAUUUUCAAUUUCACCACUUGAUGCAGAGCAUUUGCAGUUGAUAGAUUAGUCAGUCACUUCAUUUUUGUAAGCUUCUGGUCUUUCAUUGCCUGAUAACUUGGAAAUCACAGUGUAAUUUGUCAUCAUUGUUCUCUCUUCAUGGCCUUAGCUUUAGGAAAGCUUCUAAUUUAGAUCCUAACGAUUUGUUUCUCUGCUAUUGUAAAAAAUCUUGCGAGACAAAUCCUCAAAAUCUUUUAAAGAAUAGGAGCUAAAACCCUAAUGUGCAACACUAUAAAGAUACCUGCAGUGCAAUCUGUGUCUUUCAGAAGUGGUGAAAAAAGCCAUUUUGGAGUUACAGUGUAUAUAUAUACUCAAUACAUGCAAGAAUAAACAUACUUUUUAUCUUUUCAUUUCACUA